UUGACUGUAGCGCUCGAGCUCCAUUGAAAGUGGCUCCCUGGCUUAGACGCGGUGCGGGCAGACAAGGGGGCGGACCAGCCGGAGGAAAACUUGACAGAGAAAACAGCAGCCGCGCCGCUGACCUCCACAGCUGACACUUUUAUCAGCGCGAGCUUCCACGGGACACACAUUUACUGCGUGUCGCUGAGUGACGUGCCAGCGGACACAGCGGAGGCGCGCCCGGUAACGGAGUAACGUUUGCAGGAAAGCGAGAGGUGAGGCGGAGGCAGAUAUUUGUAGUUGAGAAGAAGAGCCUCGGUCACAGGUGGGGACUCAGCUACAGGUAGCCUCGCGGGAGCUGUCGUGGCACAAGAUAGCUGUGAAAGCGCACGCGGGUCAUGAGGAUUUCUCCGGUCGCUGCUCGGAGCGCCGCGUCGCAGCUGUGAACGAAGAAGAAGAAGAAGAGGAGGAGGCAGAAACCAGAGGAAGAGCCUGACCACUUCUCUGCCGCUCAGCCCGAGAGCAGAGGCAGCAUGUCCCGGAGGAAGCAGAGCAAACCCCGGCAGAUAAAGCGUUCUCUUGGGGAUCUCGAUGGCGGCGAGGAAAACACACCGGACAACCUGAGCCUAUCAGGAGAGGAGGGCGGAGCCUCCGACCCGGACGAUUCUGCAGAAGGCGACAGCUCCAGUCCGCCUCCGUACACACCAUUGUACAACGAAGAGCCCAGAACGCAGGACUCGGGAGGAGGCCCGGAUGAUAAAGACGUGGAAGGGGAGGAGCCUGCAUCGACGCACAGCGGAGCAGAGGAGGAAGAGGAAAGGGAGGAAGAGCAGGAGGUUUUACAUUGGAGGGGUCCAGAUGACCUGGAGCUAAGUGAUGAAGGUGGCGACAGCAGUGUGCUGACAGUAAGAGACCUCUCUCCAGACACAGUAUGGGGCCCCUACCCAGGAAUCGUCCAAUCACAGAGCAGCACCGAUGAGCAGGAGACCGAGAACAUUCGGAUGACCGUCGUGUGUGAAGAUCCAGAUUGUUGGAUUAGUCGCCUCCCUCUGACCUCCGAUGCCUCUGCAGCAAACUGCUCUAUCUACAGCCAAGGCGAGGACUUGUUCUGUAAGGUGAUGACAGAGCUUAAGGCCGGUGAAAGGCUCGUGGCGUUCGUGUCUCCUGUUCCACUGGGCUCCUCCUCUCCGGUGGCCCAAGGCUCUCCUCCACUGAGCCUUGUCGCCCACAAACAACCUGUGGUGAAGGAGGAGCCGUCGUACCCGGCGGCGCUGCACUCAGAGAUCCAGCUCCUCCCGCAGCAAGCUGGCAUGGCAGCAAUCUUGGCUACUGCUGUUGUCAAUAAGGACAUUUUCCCAUGUAAGGACUGUGGGAUCUGGUACCGUAGUGAGAGGAACCUGCAGGCCCAUCUUAUGUACUAUUGUGCCAGCCGUCAGAAGCAGCCAGCUGCAGCUUCCUCCCCUCCACAAGACAAACCCAAGGAGUCGUACCCCAAUGAACGCAUCUGCCCCUUCCCACAGUGCAACAAGAGCUGCCCCAGUGCCAGCUCACUCGAGAUUCACAUGCGCACACACAGUGGCGAGCGUCCAUUUGUCUGUCUCAUCUGUCUGUCAGCAUUCACCACUAAAGCGAACUGUGAGCGGCACCUUAAGGUCCAUACGGACACCCUGAACGGGGUGUGUCACGGCUGCGGCUUCGUCUCCACCACGAGGGACAUCCUCUACAGCCAUCUGGUCACCAGCCACAUGGUUUGCCAGCCUGGAUCUCGCAGUGAGGUGUACUCUCCGGGGCCAGGUCUCCCUAAGCUACCCCUGUCCAUCGGUCUGAGUCCAGGAGACUCUGGUGUUGUGCUGAAGUGUCAAGUUUGUGGCCACAACGCUGACUCACCUGCUCAGCUCCAGCAACAUGUACGAACUCACCUGGAAGUCAGGGUCCCAGCUGAAAGAAGCCCUACUCCUCGUCAGAGUACCCCAUCGUCGGUCGACCACCCCCAACCGUCUCCCCAGGAGAAGGAACCCCUAGCUUCAUCCAGUCCAGGCACAAACGGAGGCUCAGCCACGCCUCGAGACUGCAGUCCUGCUGAUGACCAGAUCAUGGAGUUAAAGAUCAAAGAGGAGCCUCAUUCAGAUUCAGACACAGAAGAGCAGAAAAUGGAGAUUAAGGAGGAUGGAGAGGAGGAGGAGGAGAUGGGUGGAGAGGAGGUAGAUCAAGAGGCAGGAAGGAACAUAAAAGAGGCGCAAACGACCUCCUCCAGCCAAACAUCGAACUCGCCGAAGAGUCCAGCUACAACAACAGUGAAGGCAGAACCCACUAGUCCCACCCCUGGUUCUAGCCCCGCCCAUAUGGGAGGUGCAGGCUCAGUUGUUCCAGGAGGAGCGCUGUUCCUGCCUCAGUACAUGUUUAACCCCGAGGCAGCCAUCUUGCCUCAGGCCUCGGAGAUCCUGGCUAAAAUGUCAGAGAUGGUCCACAGUCGCCUAAAGCAGGGCCAGACGGUCGCCCAGAACAACGCCGCAGCCUUCUUUCCUUCUGGACCGACUGCACCCACGGCAACAGCCACUCCACCUCACAAAGGAGCUACCUGCUUCGAGUGCGAUAUCACCUUCAAUAACAUCAACAAUUUCUAUGCACACAAGAGGCUUUAUUGCUCAAGCAGGCAUCAAGGCGAAGGUGCAUCCUCAGCCUCGGGCCCCGCAUUGACUAGAGACGCAGCCUCGGCCGCCGCGCCUUCUGCUGGCACACGUGGCUCAUCUGCAUCUCCUCAGGGCGGAGCAUCAAGUAGGGCCGCCUCUGCCUCGCCGUCUGACUCCGAGCCUCCUGCAGGAAGUGGAGCAGCAGAAUCCAGGAGGGUGCUGGAGGUGAAGACUGAACCUCCAGCGGGGACAGAGGGAGUCCCUUCCUCUUCUGAAGGGGAAGGUGCUGGUAUGAGUGUAGGAGGCGGAGGAGGCGGAGGAGGACGAGCAAGUGAAGGCAGCCAGAGUCCUGCUAGCGGUUCCACAGAGGACCUUGACGACGAUCCCAACAGAACCUUCUGCGAAGCCUGCAACAUCCGUUUCAGCCGUCACGACAACUACACUGUCCACAAACGUUUCUACUGUGCGUCGCGCCACGACCCGUCCAACCAGAGAGCCGUACACAUGGCCAAGACCACCAACACAGCCGCCUUCAUUCCGCAGCCCAUCCGAACACGCAAAAGAAAGAAGAUGUAUGAGAUUCACAUGGCAAGAACCGAGGCGUUAGCUAACGCUGCCGCUGCAGCAGCAGCAGCGGCAGCCACUGCCGCCGCCUCUGCUCCAUCCCCCUCGGUUCUGGGCUUGGUAGUAAAGCAGGAAGUCUCUCCCAGUGGUGCAGGUGGCUCAAGUCCCGAAGGAGAUGGCCCAAUCGACCUGAGCAAGAGGCCCCGUCUCAGAGAGGCUCCACGGCACAGCGGAAGCGGCAGCAGCAGCGGCGGCGGCAGCAGCAUUCUCCCAGCCCUGCCUCUCACCGACUACCACAAGUGCACAGCCUGCAGCAUCAGUUUCAACAGUAUUGAGAACUACCUGGCUCAUAAAACAUACUACUGCCCUGCCACCACCCUCCAACCCCACACUUUGGAGCAGCUUCACAGGCUCAAGAGAUCAGCCUCCACCUCUCCAAAAAGCAGGCCUCAGCAGGAGCGUUCGGAUCUCCUGCACCCUGUGGAGAAUAAAGCUCACCCAGCUGAGUGGGUGGCCCAGGCUCAGGGCACGUCAUCCAGUCCUCACACCUCUGCCUUACCCGCCUCGGAUGCUGCAUCUCCUUCGCAUACAAAUACCACACUUGCAGCCUCUCCAGGAGCUGGAGCCAAAAGCGUGGUCACGGCUUCUGCUCAGCUGGUCUGCCCAUACUGUCCCAACAGGCCCAUCGCUGGUGACUUGAUGGACCAUUUCAAGACUACCCACGGGCUGGUCGUAACCAUUCAGCCACCCCAGGAGACUCUGCCCCAUCUGGGCAGAACAGCGAGCCGCAGCCCGAGCCUGAGUCCCAGGGAUGGAGCCGCUGCAGCGACUUCAGCUACUCCAACCAACCAGGCCAGACUUGUCUCUCGAGUUCACAGAGACAGCAUCAACGGGCAGGGUAGGAGUGGUACCGCUUCCCCUGUUUCGCCCCUGGUGAACGGCAGCCCCUCCGCCGGGGGCGGAUCACCAUUAGCCAGUUCUCCUCUGCCUGUGUCUCCCCCAAGGGCUCCGUCUCUGACUUUGUCACCUGUGCCUGAGGUCCUGAGGGAGAAGCUGGGAUCGUCACACGUUCCGGACAAGGCCGCCCAGACCGUGGCCUCCCACAUCCCUGUACCCAGCGUCAGUCCUAAAACCACCCCAGUCAUCUCCCCUGUGCAGAACGGUAACUCGCGCUUCUGUCGGCUGUGCAACAUCAAGUUCAGCAGCCUCUCCACGUUCAUAGCUCACAAGAAAUACUACUGCUCUUCCCACAGUGCCGAACAUGUUAAGUGAGCUAAGACACUUUUGAUCUUUCCCUUCCCUUUCAUCUUUCUGAGCGGAAGUUUUCCUUCACUAAGUUUUAAAUGGCUCAGAGGGUCCUCCUCCUCCCCCGCCAGUGUCCCACAUAGGUGCCAAAACGGUGCUCGGCUGGCAUCACCACGAAUGACAGUGAAUGACUGUUACUCACCUGGCAAGGCCCGAUGCCUGGCUCCUCCAGAGCAGAAUUCCCAGGUGGUGUUACUCACAUACAGAAACUGAAAUUCCUCCUUUGGGUCAAAGUGUGUAGUACACUAAGAGCUGAGACACAUGCUACCUGCACACUGGUGUGCCCUCGUCCCGAAGAUCACUCUUUGUACACCAGUCGCUGAUUCAACACUUACCACACCCUCGCCUCACAGUAGUGUUAUUAUGGGACGCUAAAUAGAUGUAUGUCAGCAAAACCUUUUUUCUGUCUCUGAACUGAGCUUUUCAUGGCAGUAAUUCCAUUCUGACUGAUGAUGAUGAUGAUGAUGAUGAUGAUGAUAGUGCAUCUCCAGUGUUUCCCUGCCCCCUGAGCUCUUUUACGUUCCCAGACCUAAACGGAGGAAUCAUUUCUCUUGUGUGGAAAAAAAAAGACUUGAUCAUUGUUGAUGUUUUUAUUAUCUGUGCAUAGUGUAUGAUGUCUGAAAAGAAAAGAAUUCUAUGCUUUUGGGUUCAACACUGGCUCUUUUCUGCUUACUAGAGAAGCUGAGGCAUUUUAGCUGACACACAGAUAUGUGCUAUCACGAUGUUACUUAUUACUGAAGGAUAAUAUUUCAAAAUGGGACUUUUUUUUCCUUUCAUACACACAAAUUUUGAUUUUCUCUGUAAAAAAAUGCAAGGAAGAAGAAAAAAGAUGUGAAAUAUUUAUCUUUUAGUCAUCACUGAUUUCAUGUCAACAGAAAACUACCCACUUAGUGUCGGAGAGUAUUUGUAUUUUUUAUUUGUAUAUUUUGCAUACUGGUGGAAAGAACUGUUUGGAUCUGGGUGUGUUAAAGUGAAUUUUCUAAGUGUAGAUAUGUAAUAUCUUUUCACAGUAAUCACUGGGAUCACACUGAACUUUAUCAUGUUAGUAUUUCUCGUUCUGUUAAUGUGGGCUGUAAUCGAUGCCGUCUGAAAACCAGCACAGCUUUUCUUUUUUUGUCUUUCUGUUUUUAACCCCACGAUUCGUGCAGAACAGCUGUUUGUUUCCAGACCGUCACGUCCGAACAUUGAAGGGAGCUCGUUGGACGCUGCUGCGUUCACACUUUGGUGAGAGUGACAAAGCUUUCCACAUUUUUAGGUUACACGAAAAUCCACAUUUUCAGUAAGAUGUUUGUCUUCAGAUACACACACACACACACACACACACAGCUUUACAUUAUUUGUUGCAAACUUCACUCUCAUACUAAGGCAUAUUUAUUAUUACGAUUGUACUUCUCUCCGGCAAUGAAGGCAAAACAGUGAACAGUCACAUGUUGGUGUAAGACCUCACAAAAGAAAAGUAAGCACAUAUAACCAUAUGUUGUGGCUGUGGUGUGUGUGUGUGUGUGUGUGUGUGUGUCUCAUUUGUACACAGACACACCAGAUGUUCCCGUGCUGCUGUUGCAGUUGCAAUACAGUGUUACCUAGAACUGUGAAUUACUUUUUAUUUUUCCGACUUUGAUGCAAACUAACCUGUAGAUGCCGAGGGGUAAAAAUCUGCAUCUACAUCACAGCGUUUAUUUCCCCCCCCCAGCAUCUCUCAGGAUUUUAGCUCUUUUCAUUGUGAGCCAUUAAAACCGACUCAGACUUUCAAGCGACACUAAAAGUACAGUUUUAAAUAGCAGACUGUUAACAAACCCCACCGCCAGGUCUUCAAGAAACAAAUCUAAAUGUAAAGUAAUAGAGCUAAAAUCAUCCCUGGUUUUCACAGACUCCUUAAAUAUUCAGCCAAAUUUCACUUUACUUUUUUGACAGUGUGAGUUGUCCAUCUUUAUAUACAGUCUGUCUUGUGAUCCUGACGCGACUGGUUUGAGGUCUCGUCCACGCAUUAAGUAUUUUUUUAAGAUGCAGCUUUCGGCCCCUCGCAGACGGUUCCAGAUGACUGAAAAUGGGCCUCAUUCAGAAAUUCAGGAGCCAUUUAAUGUCACGAUCCCCCAUGUUUACAUGGUUUUCUUCACGACUUUAAGCUUGUGGUUAUUUUGCCAACUUGUUGGUUUGGCAUGCUCUUAACAGCACUUGGAUUGUGUUUUUGCAUUUAACGCAGACACAAGUCCACAUAUGUGGAACUAAAGCAGUAGUAGAAUUUGGACCUGGUCCGAUUGAUUGGUGUCCCGGGAGCUGCAAAGAUGUUAAUGGAACAGGUGUAAUAUCACCAAGAAAGCUUUUUGUGCGUCCAUCCACACUGAAGGGGUUUUUCUGCAGGGAAGCAGUGGAUCACCUGGUUUUAAGAAUCUUCAGCUGUUUACAAAUUCAGGGGGAAAACGUGCACCUAACCACACCCUGGGGGUGUAAAGGGGCUAAAGGAGCAUCAUAUUGGGGGUCAGAGGUCACUGGAAAAUUCUCAUAAGUAACCUUUAAAGAUGUAAGAAACAAGGCAAAGCAGUUAUUUACAUCCUGCAGUCACAGCAAGAUUAGAAAACUAAAAGCAGAACCCUUUUUUAUGCUGUGUUCUUCUUCAGAAUCUCCUCAGAAACUUUUUUUGCCUCUAAAUAUCCACAUUUUUGUAGUUGGUCUCUGUUUUUUUAAAGAUGUUGUUUCAGAGACACUGGACCAAAACAGUAACAUAACACAGUGUAGAACAAAAUGAUCGACCAGCGCAGUUUUAAAGGAUACGUAUACCGACUCGGUGGUUUCCAUACUUAAGAUUAUAUCAUAUAGAUAAAUUUUUCAUAAUUCCAGUUCUUUUUAAAUUUAGGAGACAUUACCUGUUCCUGUUUAGCUUGGAGCACCAGUGCACCAGACUCAUCACACUGCUGUGGUCUUAAAAGUAAAUGGCCUGCAUUUGUAUAGCGCAUUCACCCACA